AUGUCGCUGCUGUUGCGCAGGCUGCCCCUGGCGGCUCGCCGUUGCUCCAAAACGCGCGGUAGUGGUGGCGGCGGCAGCUUCUUCGCUGAAGGAAAAUCGGAGCCAGGGGGCAACCUGUUUGGGGAGACCCCGCCUCCACCCGGCCAGAGCAGGAAGUGGGAGAGCUGGGAGGGGCCCUGGUAUGCCACAUUCGGCGCAGCCACGGCUAUUCUGGUCAUCGGGCUGUCUGCACGGCCAAACUCCUCGCUGACCUCCUGGGCGGACAAGCAGGCGGCGGAGAAGCGGGCGGCGGCGUGA